GCCCCGCCGUCCAAUCCCGUGCGCGGAUCUCGUCACGUGGCUGCUCCGGGGUCGGGUCGUCGCGCCUCGGCUCCCUCUGUCCGCGCUGUUCCCGGUGCGCGCGGCCCGUUAAUGGCCCGUUAAUGGCUGAACCAUUGCACGCACACUGCGGCCGUUCCGCCCCGACAACAGGACCAGCCCGACCGGGGCGGGGCGGCGCUGCCGGAAGCGGAGCCGUGGGGUCCCUCCUCCUCCUCCUGCUGCUGUUGGUACCGGAGCCCGGUACCGGCCGAACCGCCCCGCCGCUGUGCGGGACGUGCCCGGGAACGGCGAGAAACGGGUCCAUUGUGACACUGUACUGCGGGAACGGCCACGGGAACAUCAACGGGCGGUGCUGUGUGCGGGGAGCGGGACAGCAACUGCUGGGGUUGGACCUCAGCAACUGUUCCCUGCAGACCCUCCCCAGUGAAUUCAGUGAGGCCGCGGCUGCCGUCGUGCUGGACCUGACGGACAACCCGCUGCUGGCGCUCCCCAAUGAUUCCUUCUUGGGCUUCACGCAGCUGCAACAACUCGCGGUGCCGCUGGCAGUGCCGUGCCCGGGUGGCAGCAAAGCGUGGGAGGAGGUGACGACAAAUGGCAGCAGCCGCCUGUGCCAGGGCCAGAGGAACCCCUGCAACGGCUCCGAGGAGCUCGCCCCGCUGUGCCCUGAGAACGCCGUCUGUGCCCCGGACGGACCCGGCCUCUCCCAGUGCCUCUGUGCCAGCCCCUUCCAUGGCUACAAGUGCCUGCGACAGGGCUCCUUCCCCGUGCCGCUGUUCUGCAGCGUGCUGGGCACAGUGACGGCAGCGCUGAGCAUCGCGCUGUGGGGCACCCAGCGCCGACACGCUGCAGGGAUGUGACUGCAACCAGGAGUUCAGAUGUGGGACGGGGCCGGACGGUGGGGCAGGGGGUUAAUAAAGCGUGUGUGGUUAUGA